CCCUGUGUACAUGUUUGGAAUCAUUCAAACCGAAAGUGGCGCUACUUAAAGCAAGAGUUGAAUGAUGGCGGCUUUAUAUGAUAGUCAAAGAGUACCAGUUUUGGGUUUCCACAAUCCAGCAGCUACCAUUCUUUAUCCUAAAGGUUCGUACUCUUAUUCAUACGGCAACACAAGAGGACAAGACGUGACAGAAAAUCUAGGAACACAAAAAGACCAACACUUGGACGUACUGUUACUGGCUUCCGGCGAUGUGAGAAAUUUGCUUUUUACAGUCUCAGGAUUGUCACUCAGAAAACCAAACGAACGUCCAAAGAGCAUAAGCUUCCAUUUGAAUGAUUAUGACCCUUCUAUUGUAGCUCGCAACGCUGUCGUUUUAGAAAUAGCAAACACGAUAGAUCCUGGAGAGGAUGAUGAUGUAGACUUUUUAUGGAAUGUCUGGUACAACUUGGCUCUUUCUAAGGAUCAUUCUGAUAGGCUGCGAGCAACUCUUGCAUCUCUCAUAACGAGGGACUUUAAUGAAUGCGAGAGUUUUUUGAAGUUUCAAGAGAGCAAAGUCCUUCAAGAAUGUCAAGCCAUUUGGGAAGACUGGAAAGAAGUGGAAUUGGAUGUUGACAGCGUAAAAGAAGAAAGGAAACAACUCAUUAGUGAGAAAUCACUUAGCCUGGAAAAGUUUCAUGUACAUGUAAUGCAACAGAUAAUGAUGGCACCAAACGUCAAAAGCGAUUUCAUCAAAAAGUCCAGUCCGUAUUAUAAGGAAAUAAAGCACUGGUUUGAAGAGGGGUCCACAAACGAUGAACGACACUCUGUUAAUCCCACCUUGAUUCGACCUUUUGAUCACAAAUGGAGAGUGCAUUAUACUGCUUGUGCAUUUGAAGGAUAUUUGCCACUUUCAAGAAGCGACCUCAUACGAUGUCGAUCCAUCACAGGUUGUUGUAAAGAGACCCUCCGGUUGCUGGUGAAAAGGUUCCAACAAUUUAAAACUGCUACGACGUUUACCGUAUUUUUCUGGACCGGCGAUGGUCUAUUGCUUUGUACCAGCCGUCUCCCCCAAGGCAUGAGGUUUGACGUCAUUGACACCAGCAACGUCGCUGAUCACAUUGGAUUGUUGAAUAUACUUGUUUGCUGCAGCCCAAGACUCAAAAGACCCCUUGAGUCUCAGAUGUUCACCUCAAGUAUGCUGUGGUUUAAAGAGUGUGAAAAUAUCAUGAAAUAUUACAGCAAGUGUCUUGGUGUUAACACUUAUCUUCUGCCAACCAUCCUGGGCUUAAAACUAGCUGUGGAUUUUGACUUAGGAAACAGAAGGCUUCCAGAUGAUAUCUGCUCAUCUCAGGAGAUUUUUUGUUGGGUUAAAACAGAAAGAACAAGGACAUUGCUAACACUAGAGGAAGGGGAUGAAGUUAUUCAAGCGCUUUUCAUACUUGUCGAAAGAUGUUUCGAUCUGGUUGGACUAUCGAAGGACAAAGUCUUUGGACCCAACCUGUCGUCGCCUCUUACUUUGCUCAGAAUUCUACAGCAGCUCGAUCCAAUCGUUGAAGGCGGAGCGGCUCGUAUUUUAGACCUUCUUAGAAGUAAGUUACCAAGGGACUUUGAAGAUAAAUUUGGCCUGUCCUGGAACUUGAUAAAUGGAUCACUUGGUAGCAUAAAAGAGCCCAUAGUUGAAGUUAAUGUAAAGAUAGAUAUUUCUACUGCUUCAUGGUGUACUCCAAUCCCAAUGAUCAUUAUAUUCGAUGACAUUUCCAAGAUACCCCUAAAAGACCCUGAGUCUAAUGAGUUUCCGCCCUUAAAUCUCAAACGCCGGGUCAUCUACAACAGUUUACGAUAUGACGAUUCCAAACGUGUAGUUACAUUUCACAUCCUCGAGAAAGAUUGGUACGCGAUCAAAGACACGUCAUGCUUGAGCAUUAUGUCGAACACCCUGCAACCAACUACUAUAGACAGCGAACCAGUCUGUCUUGGAGAUGAGGAUGUAGUGUCCAUUGUAAGACGAGUGGAUCCAGUAAAAACGUUUGGAUUGGAUUGCGUUCAGACAUUUGACGUUAGACCAAAGAAACAAGAGCACAGUGCACUUGAGGUGAUUAAAGUCGAGGAAAGUGAAUGUUCAUACAAGGCGGAAAUUGCAAUUCUCAACCCUAACAAGUGUAAAGCAAAAAUGGACGUCCAAUUUUAUCCAGAAAAGUGUCCAACAAAUAUCAAUGUGAAAUUCGAAGAUGGGGAAGAGUGCACAAUAUACUUUUCAUGCUCUGUCAACGAAAAGUCAUCCAAAUUCCAGAUCUCGAGAAAGCAGGGUAAAAUAGUGUGUGUGAUGCCCAAGAGAGAGGAUGGAACAGUAGGAGAACGUGUGAUACAGAAUAUUGCACCAGUUCCUUUCCACGCCUUGGAAAUUUGGGACUCCGGAUUUGACGAUACAGUAAUAAUUUGUGGUCAUAUGUUUGGCACGGAACUGGACAUGAAACUGAAGAGCGAAAGAAAAAGUGGCGACGCAUUCUUCGACUUGAGAGAAUCGAUAUCGAAGAUUUUACAAGGACAUGUAGAAGAACCCAAGAUUCCAAAAGUGUACGCUCUUGAGGACAACCCACUUGUUAGAGCUCCUUAUAACACCCUUGAUGAUAUUAAGCGGAAGAAAGGGUUUAUAAUCAAAGUGGAAAAAAUUUAUCGAUGGAAUUAUCUCCCUCUCAUCAAGAUUAUCUUCUACGAUUGUAAAAAGUAUGGUGACAUUAUGAAGAAAAAUCCAACAGGCUCGGAAGCGCUUGUGAGGUCUUUCUUGUCGACAAUAAUGAGAGCAUCGAUCCUGAGAACGUGGGCUGACCAAAAGGAACUAGACCUGUUGCGUAAGAUGCUGUACACAAAUGCUGUUCGUAUUCCACAAGAAGAAGUCAGUGCUGAUUCUCUGUGGAAAGCUUCUUUCGUGACCCCUUUGUUUCCAAGGGAAAGAAAUAACAUAUUCUUUCAGGGCGCUGGGACGUGUGACCAAAGGAACAAAGCUCAACGAAGUCCAAAGCAGUAAAAAGCAGGACCGAAACAAAACAAAAUACCAAGAAACAAGUUUAUACAGCACUCAGUAAAUUAUCAGGGUGAGAGACCGGGACGUCUGCCAAUGCCUCCGCCCUGGACCAACAAAGGGUGGGGUUUCCUGGGUAAUGCACCUCAAGGGGAUCGCCCCUUCGGGGAUUAGCUUUUGAGCAACGUGAAGUCUCGAAGCAAAUGGGGAACCAUUUACCUAGAACGCAACCAAAACCAAACAAGGGUGAGCGCGACUAGGUAACCCCGGAAACCCGACCCUCUGUUGGCCCCAGGCUCUGAACUAGGUCCGGAAUUACAGCACUGAGAAGGCCCCCCCAGGGCCAACGGAGGACGCGACAAGAUAAUCCCAGAUGAUCAUGAACAGCGAGAAAGGGGAGAAAUAAAUUUCAGGGUUUCAGGGAACCAGGAAACCAGGGUUUCCAACAGCUCAACAGCUUCGUAACGGUCAAACAGCGAUGCCGGCCUAUUAAGGUGUCUCCUUAGUGCGACCGAGGCGUUCUCGCAGGACCCGACGACUUUUUCUCUUUCCAGAGCCUUAACCUUCUGUUCUAACAGCUCUAAGCGAUCUGCAGGCUGUAAGAAUUCGCAGAGAGGGAUUAAGUCAGUACUCUUAAACUACGAGACCAACUUCCGGCCUAAUUCUAAAAAACGCAUUGUACAACCAUGGCUAACCACGCGUGCCGAAAAGGGGGUUACGCUCCCGUGGCUCUCCGAGCCCUUUAACGUACUACAGUACAACACAAGUAUUUGAUACAAAACACCCUGCUCACGGCUCUCCAGGCAGCAUUGGUUCUCCAGGCCAAUCUAACUCAAAAUAUUACGCGACAUACUCGCGGCUCUCCAGGCCGUUAGCUCUACUCACAUUGGCUCUCCAGGCCAAUCUAGAUAACUCAAAUUAUUACGCGACAAACUCGUGGCUCUCCAGGCCGCUAGCCCUACUCGUAUUGGCUCUCCAGGCCAAUCUAACUCAAAUUAUUACGCGACAUACUCGCGGCUCUCCAGGCCGUUAGCUCUACUCAUAUUGGCUCUCCAAGCCAAUCUAACUCAAAUUAUUACGCGACAUACUCGUGGCUCUCCAGGCCGUUAGCUCUACUCAUAUUGRCUCUCCAGGCCAAUCUAACUCAAAUUAUUACACGACAUACUCGUGGCUCUCCGGGCCGCUAGCCCUACUCGUAUUGGCUCUCCAGGCCAAUCUAACUCAAAUUAUUACGCGACAUACUCGUGGCUCUCCAGGCCGUUAGCUCUACUCGUAUUGGCUCUCCAGGCCAAUCUAACUCAAAUUAUUACGCGACAAACUCGUGGCUCUCCAGGCCGCUAGCCCUACUAAUAUUGGCUCUCCAGGCCAAACUAACUCAAAUUAAUUACCUGGCAUAUUCGCUGUUCUUUAGGCCUAUAUAGCCCCAAGAAACUGCACAAACUACGAAGAUAAAUAUCACACAAAAGCACUAGGACCGCGUGAAAUAAAAACGCUGAAGCAGAUCCGUACACCAAAAGACUCCCCAGGGCAAAAAAGUGUAACCUACAUAAAAGGCUAAAACCGAUGAAACCAAGGGCGCUAAAGAACAAGCCAUGAACAAAGAACCAAACCAACCAAGUGUGACGAGGGUAGAAAUAAAUGCAAAUCUGAAGGGUAAACUACUUGAGUAAAACUAUAACUGCGCCCAAAAAUACCAUGUAAUAACGCAUAAAAUAGUAGUAGCAUGCCUUGGAUGCAAAUCUGAAGGGAAACUACUCGAGUAAAACUAGAACUGCUCCCAAAAAUACCAUAUAAUAACGUAUAAAAUAGUAGUAGCGUGCAUUAACAAAACCACGAGGUCCAGAUAAACUAGCAGGCAAAAAAUAGCGCCAACACGAAGGGAAUAACAAACUCUCCCAGAUAAAAGAACUGCAGCAAAAUUACCUGCUGCUCGCCAACCGGUGGAACUACUGCUCCCGGCGCUUGCUGUUCAGGGUUUUGAACCCCAUCUCCUGCUGCCGCUCCUUGCGCCACGUGAACUCUCAGUACAAAUUAUAUCUUUCAAAUUUUCUUUGCACCGGCAAAACGAAACAAAUAGAAUACAACAAACCUAAACUUUUUCCCACAAUAUACUAGCCGUCAGCAUAAGCGCCUCAAGUCCCGUCUGUGUUUCAUCAGCAUGCAUAGAGCACUAGAAAUGUUGGCUUAUGGCUGGUGGCGGUGGUGGGGACAGCGAGAAAAAUUCGUACUUCGAAGGUCCAAACGACGUUAUGCAAUGAGUCAUGUGUGUUGACUUUAUUUAUACUGCUUGGUGAUAAUUUAUUCAGUGAGAAUAGCAUGAUUAUCCGCAUUUGGACUCCAGAUAGCCUGUAGUUUCCACUGUCGUACGAUAAAAAUAAGUAUUCCUUUAUUCUUCCCAACA